CCGCCUGGUAUCAAUCCCAACUAUCUCCAAUGUCUUGCAUCCGGUAAGUAUCACAGCCUCCUACCACCGAAGUCCAAUCACUGAUCUCUCUCCAGUCUGAAGAAGAGGAGGAAGAAGAAGAAGAAGAAGAAGAAGAAGAAGAAGAAGUCUGAGGAAGAAGAAGAGAGGGGCAGAGCACGGGCGGAGAUGGCGACUAGCGCCAGGCCCUACCCGAUGGGACAAGAUGGCCCGUUGGCUGCUGCGGGAGACGGCUGUGCUGCUAGGAGCUAUGGCGCUCGUGGCUGCUGUCAGUGGUUGAAAGCAGUCAACCCAAGGAUCGAUUGGCAGAUCCCAAAAGUUGAACUGCCUAACAGACAGGGGGUGUAUCAGCCAUGCAUGAUUGCUGUUGAACACCACCCUAAAUUGAGUUGCUACUGCCUGAGAGCGAGGGAGUUUCAUGCUCUCUCACGCCAGUACCACCACGAGCGUCUGUUUGUUGCUUUGGUCAAGCAAACAGAUGCUCCUCCAGUUUCCUGUCCUCCUGAGAUACAGCAGGUGGUGGACAAGUAUGCCGAUCUGAUGCAGGAGCCCUUUGGGUUACCCAACCGGCCAACCAAGCAUCACAUUGAGCUGCUGCCUGGAGCAGUCCCUCCUAAGGGCCGCAUCUACAAGAUGUCCCUUGCUGAGCUUGAGGAGCUCAGAAAACAGCUUGAGAGCCUGACCAGCAAGGGCUGGAUUAGGCCCAACACUUCUGAAUUCGGUGCACCUGUUCUCUUUGUACCUAAAGGGAACGGCGAGUUCAGAAUGUGUAUUGACUACAGGGGUCUCAACAAGAUCACUAGGAAGAGUACAGAGCCACUUCCUAGGAUCGAUGACCUCCUGGACAUGGUACAGGGCUGCACUGUGUUCAGCAAAGUCGACCUCAAGUCUCGGUACCACCAGAUUGAGAUGGCAGAGGAGGAUGUCCACAAGACAACCUUCAAAACCAGGUAUGGCUCUUACGAGUUCCUGGUCAUGUCGUUUGGACUUUGCAAUGUCCCAGGCACCUUCCAGAUAGAGAUGCACCGCAUCUUCAGGCCUUACCGGGACAAGUUCAUGGUUGUCUACCUGGAUGACAUCCUGGUAUUCACCUGGACUGCCAGGGAACAUGCGGAGCACCUGGCUUUGGUCCUUCAGUCAUUACGUGACAGCCAGUACAAGAUCAACAGAGAGAAAUCCUCUUUUGGAGUUCCCUCUGUCAUCUAUCUGGGUCACGUGAUCUCUAGAGAUGGCUUGGCUUCUGAAGCAGCCAAGAUAGCUGCUAUUCAGGAGUGGCCUCAGCCACAGACAGUGAGGAAUGUCAGGUUCUUCAUGGGUUUGGCCUCAUACUACAGAAAGUUUGUCAGGAACUUUUCUGCAGUGGCUGCACCCCUGACCAACCUAACAAAGAAAGACACUCCUUUUCUUUGGUCCCUUCCCUACCAGUUGGCCUUUACACGACUCAAGAAGGCCCUGACUCGUGCACCUGUGUUGAAGUUACCUGAUCCCACUCUGCCAUUCAUCCUGACCACGAACGCCAGUCAGUAUGGCAUUGGGGCAGUUCUUCAGCAGGAUGAUGGGAAUGGUGUACGGCCUGUAGAGUUUAUGAGUAAGAGGAUCAAGACUCAAAAGCUCAAGGACUCCACCUACGAGAAAGAGCUAUAUGCGCUUGUCUGUGCCCGGACGUACUUUCUCCUGGGAAGACACUUCAAGAUCUUCUCAGAUCAUUCCACCUUACAGUGGAUGAAGUCCUGGCACGAUACAUUCAAUUCGGCCGCCUUGCUAGCGGCCUCCUACACAUCUGGGGAGGAUGCGAAUGUCGCGAGUCCUUGGUUCACUUACGAGGAUUAUGCUGUCCACUUGGUCCCACCGUUGGACCAACCACUCCACGUGCAACAAUCCAUGGCAUGCACGAUUUCACCACCAUCGGCAACCGAUUCGGCAGCUUCGCCGGCAUCUAUCGCCGGGGAUUCGACGUCAUGGUCAAGACUUGAAGAGCUCGACCCGUUGACAUUUGUUGACUUCCAAUGGAUGCCCCUUCCCCCGUCCGGCCGAUUGCCGAAACCGCAUUGCAACGCGCUCAUGGCACAAUUGCGGGAUUACUUAGAUACUGCAGUACCAACUCCGUUGAUGGACGCUGGAGUAGAGGUUGUCGACCUUCAUGACUACGUUGCGAAGAUCGACCGCGAGUUAAGACACAAUGGUAGGACGAUAUCGACGCGUCGUUGCAUUCAGAUCGGAGAGGCGACCUGCAGCGCUUUGAUCGAUUGCGGAGCUACUUGCAACUACAUGAGCCAAGACUUUAUGGUAUGCGCUGGCCUUGGGCCACGCGUUCGGAGGAAGUCGCAGCCCACGCAAGUCACGUUGGCCGACRGUCACACGCACAAGUCAAUCGACCGGUGCAUUGAUGUCGUCCCCGUGUACUUUGCCCCGCAAGCAAGCGAGGCUGUGUCCUUCAGUAUUUUGGACACCAAGUUCGACAUGAUCUUGGGCAUGUCAUGGCUGGGAAGCGAGGAUCACCCGGUGAACUUCUACCGCCGCACCAUUCACGUUCAUGAUCGAAACGAAUUGCCAUACGGCGCUCCCGUUCUCUUCGUUCAAAAGAAGAACAAGGACUUGCGGUUGUGCAUCGAUUAUCGCAAGCUCAUCGCACAAACCGUCAAGAACGCCGGCCCUCGUCCGCGCAUCGACGACCUCCGCGAACGGUUGGGCGGCGCCAAGUUCUUCUCCAAGCUUGACCUCAAAUUGGGAUAUCACCAACUCGAGAUCCGGCAGGAGGACCGCUAUAAGACCGCGUUUAAGACGCGAUAUGGGCACUUCGAAUGGCUGGUUAUGCCUUUUGGCCUUACAAAUGCCCCGGCCACAUUCCAAGCGACUAUGACAACGAAGUUCGGACACAUGCUGGAUAGAUUCGUACUCAUCUACCUCGACGACAUCUUGGUGUACAACCGGAGUUUGGACGAGCAUGUGGAGCACCUGCGGACCGUUUUGGAGCGGCUACAACAAGCCGAGUACAAAGCCAACCGCGACAAAUGCGAAUUCACGCGGCAAGGGCUGGAGUAUUUGGGACAUUAUGUGACGACGCAAGGCAUCCAUCCGCUUGCGGACAAGAUCGAGGCCAUCCGCGUAUGGCCCGAGCCCACCAACAUCACGGAUGUUCGCUCAUUCAUGGGGUUGGCGGGCUACUAUCAACGCUUCAUCACCGGGUACUCAAGGAUUGUCGCACCUAUGACGAGAUUACAAUCGCCAAAGGUGCCAUUUGUAUUCGAUGACGACGCACGCUGGUCAUUCCAAGCACUCCAGACGGCCAUGCUCAUGGCACCCGUCCUUAGCGUCUAUGACCCCACCCUGCCAACGAGAGUGACAACUGACGCUUCUGGCUAUGGCAUCGGGGCAGUCUUGGAACAACAAGACGACGACGACACCCCGUGGAAAGAGUUUGCACUCGAGCGGGAUGUUUCGCGCAAACUACUCCCCAAGUGGUUUGGACCAUGGCCCGUAAGAUCAGCCACGGGCGAUGAGCCCGAUGGCCCUCCAUUUGUGAUCAACAUCCCCCCACAUCUAACGGUCCAUCUAGUCUUUCACGCCUCGAAGCUGGCGACAUAUACACCAGCUAAGAGCGACGACUUCCUGGGACGAUCGCAAGAUCCUCCAUCUAUGGAUGGUCGUCAGGAAGUUGACCGCGUCAUCACGGAUCGCAAGUACGGCAGCAAGCCUCGACAGUACAAAGUUACAUUUAAAGCGUGCGAUCCAGACGACACUCGAUGGAUUUCAGGAGCAGAUUUGAAAGCAUCCGUGCCGUUGAUCUACGCUCACUACGAGCGACAAAGGUUAGCUCAGGGAACUUCACGACCUGCCCCUCCCACCUGGACUGUGGUCCCUCCCUCAGACAGACAGCUUCGCCCUCGCAGCAAGAUCGAUCUCAAAUCUGGGUAUCACCAGAUUGAGAUGGUCGAAGGCGAUGUCCACAAGACAACCUUCAAGACCAGGCAUGAAGGUAAACUCGUAGUGUCCGAAACGAGAACGAAAAGCGGUCUUGGGCUGGUCCUCCUCGGGUACGAGGAUCUGGUGAUAUCCGUUACGAAGAUCGAUCUUCGUGAAGAAAUGGUGACCGGAGAGGCGGUCAAACAGGUCAUCCGCGCGAGGCAUGGGAUAACUAUUUUUUACCGUGUAGUGGUUCAGACCGCAGUAGUCAAUACAGAGACGAAGGGUGUCGUCCUUCUUGCGAUCGAAGAGGACCGGGGCACUCCAUGGGGAAGUACUCGGUUUAAUGAAGCCCUGGCGAAGCAGCUCCUCAAGUUGGCGCUCGAGUUCCUGGGCUUCGGGAACCGAAAGGCGAUAAGGGGCGCGAUUCUGAAUGCGAUAGUUGGGCUCGAGCUGGAUGUGGUGCUCGAUACCACGCAUGGGAGGAAUGCUGCUGUAGGAGACAGAUGGUGGGAAAACAUCGUGAUACUCACGAAGGAGGGCACCAACGCUAGGCGGCAAGGAAGAAAGAAGGGUGAGGAGAUCCGUGAUGUCGACAACAUAAAGUUCUACAUCAGUCUCACGAAGGAGGUGGUGGAACUGGGUAGAGAAGGUAUGGCCGGCGAGGCGGCAGCGGGUGCAGAUGCCUCGUGUGCGAAGGUCCUCACUCUCAGCGAUGGUCAAGCGGCUGCGAGGGAACACAAAGCCCGCUGGGAGAGGGUGAGUUGGCGUUGGAGCUCGGCAUUUUGUGUCCUGGGUGUAAGGGGGGGUGGGGGGAGGGGCGAAGGAGCGGGGGGUGAUGAGGGAGGUGUCGUGGAAACUAACGUCGAGGAGGUGGCGGGACAAGAUGCCAUGGGUCCUGAGGAGGGAGGUGCAGGGGCAGAAACCUGGGAGGCAGAGAUGGUUGCAGAGGAAGGGUGGGACUGGGGUGAGGACAUGCAGCCCGUGGAAGAGAAGCGUGUAGUUGACACCAGCCGAAGAAGGAGAGGAAGCUGGCAUAGAUGCAGAUGAGGGGGGUGGGGAGGGAGAUGCACUGGUACGGGGCUCCAACUGUGACACGUGGGCUGACAGGGAUGAAAAGUCGGUAUGGAGGGCCGUGAUUUUGGCCUCGAGUGUGGCUUGCAUGCGGUGGAGGAGGUCCAAUAUAGGAUCCGACUGGGAAGUUGGGCCCGAACUGGUUUCCAUAGGGGUGGCCAUUGAGUCGGAUGUAGGCUCGUGAGCUAGGAAUGCAAGCCCUUCGCUGGUGGAGCGGGAGGGACUCGCAAAUUCGGUAGUCUGCAUGGGGUCAAGGGAUGGAGAAGAUGAGGAGGGAGAACUGGGGGGGGGGGACGCUCAGUGGCCGUGGUCGGUGCGUCAAAGCGGACGAGUCGAUUGGCAGCACGAGCGUCUCGAGCGCGAUUUUGGAGUGUGCGCUGUUGGAUGUCAUGGGGAGCCAGGGUGACGCGCAGAUGAGGGGGGUAAGGGACUGUGAGAGGAAGGUGAGUAGAAAUUAGUCUAACAAAUUUCUAAAGUUGAA